CCUCGCAGGGGGCGGGGCACGUCAGCCCGGAAGAGACGCCGCGCCGCGCAUGCCCCUUCUUUUCGGCCCCGGUCCCGGACGUAGUAGCUGCAGAGAUGUUGAUGCCCAAGAAGAACCGAAUUGCCAUUUAUGAACUCCUUUUCAAGGAGGGAGUGAUGGUGGCCAAGAAGGAUGUCCACAUGCCUAAACACCCUGAGCUGGCAGACAAGAAUGUGCCCAAUCUUCACGUCAUGAAAGCCAUGCAGUCUCUCAAAUCACGAGGCUACGUAAAGGAACAGUUUGCCUGGAGACAUUUCUAUUGGUACCUUACCAACGAGGGUAUCCAGUAUCUUCGUGAUUACCUCCACCUGCCCCCUGAGAUCGUGCCUGCCACUCUGCGUCGCAGCCGUCCUGAGACCGGCAGGCCGCGGCCCAAAGGUCUGGAAGGAGAGCGGCCUGCAAGACUCACACGAGGGGAAGCUGACAGAGACACCUACAGACGAAGCGCUGUGCCCCCUGGUGCCGACAAGAAAGCUGAGGCCGGGGCUGGGUCAGCAACUGAAUUCCAGUUUAGCAACUAUAAAAAGAGUGAAAAGAGACCGGGUUGUGGGUUUGUGUGGUUAUUUUUGGUGGGUAAUCAUGAUACUUCCGUGACGGGAAUGCUAAGGACUCCAAUAUCCCAAAAGAAAGACACUACUGAGGGAACAAAUAAGAAUGAUUCCUCUGUGCCACUUGCAGAAAACGGAGACCAAAAUGGCAAAUAAUUUUCAAAACUUUAGAAUGUGUUUUGUUACAGGGAGUUUGAAAGCAGUUCCAUUGAUAGUCUUAGGUAGUAAAAUAGAUCAUUCAGCAGCUACCUUUAAAUCAUUGGCUCUCUGCCAAGUCCUGUGCUAGAUGCUUGAUAUUCACCGAUAAGCAAAAACAUGGACUCUGCUCUUAUGAACUUUAGAGUUGUCACACUCAGAAAUGUUUGAUCACAAACUAAAGUGACAUUGUCUGGGAAAAGAACAUCAGUCAAGUGAGUGCAUUUGACAGAAAACCUUGAUGUGGACGUGGUGGGCAGGGGUGUAUUGGGGAAGGCCGCCCUGGUCUCUGAAGAAUGAGUAGGAGUUGAGUAAGCAUUGGGAAGGGCAUUCCAGAUUGAUGGAACAGCAUGUGCAAAUACUUUGUAUCAAGCAGGAGUUCAGUGUUUAAAGAAUUGAAAUUAGGCCAGUGGUGCAGAGGUGCGGAGCACAAACAUGAAGUGGGGCCAGACCGUAGAGGUCCUUGUCAGCCGUCGUCUUUGGCCUUAGGUCUUUGUUUCUUGGUUGUUAUUUAUUUUUUAACUUUUUUUUUUAUUAUUGUGGAAAAUCUCAGACAUACACAGAAGAGAGGCUAGUAUUAAUACACUCAUCUAGCUUUCGUCGGUACUUGGCCAAUCUUGUCUCAUUUCUGUUUUCACCCAUCUAAUCACAGUUGUGAUUCUUAAAGUAAUGGGAGGCAUUGCUUUGAAGAGUUUUAAUAAAAGCAGGGAUGAGUAGGAUAUUUGACCAGAUUUUUGUUUUGAAAGAUAAUUCGGGCUACAGGGUAGGGAAUAGAUGAGAGAGGGAAGAGCACACAUACUGGCGGACAGUUGGGUAGUUUACUGUAGUGGUCCUGUCAAGUAACAUACCUUGAAUCAGGUUAGCCGCUGCAGAGCUAGGAGAAUGGACAGAUUUCCGAGGUGUAGAGGGGAAGAUCCCCUGGACUUGGGAACAGGUUGGCUACGAGGGAUAAAGGAGAGGGAGAAGGUGACCCCUUGGUUUCUGACUUGAACCUGGGAUGGUUGAAAGAUCCUGAACUUAAAGGAUAGUUGUGUGAAGACCAAGUGCAGGAGGAAAGAAGGCAACCAGUUUUGCCAUCUCCCCACCCUACACUUCCCAAACUCUGCCUUUCUCCAGGUUACGUGACAGCUUGGCUUCUCACACUAAGACCAAAGAACCAAGCUGAUUUGAACUGUGCGCUUUUUUUAAAUUAUAUUUUUAAUGUUUUUAUUUAUUUUUGAAGGACAGAGAGAGAGAGAGAGAGAGAGAGAGCAUGAGCAGGGGAGGAGCAGAGAGAGAGGGAGACACAGAAUCCGAAGCAGGCUCCAGGCCCUAAGCUGUCAGCACAGAGCCUGACGCGGGGCUCGAACUCACGAACUGCGAGAUCAUGACCUGAGCCGAAGUCGGACGCCCAACUGACUGAGCCACCCAGGCGCCCAAUGAACUGUGCGCUUUAAAAAAAAAAUUUUUUUUUUAAGUUCAUUUAUUUUGAGAGAGCAUGCGCACACAUGUGCAGGGGAGGGGCAGAGAGAGAGGAGAAUCCCAAGCAGGCUCUGUACUCUCACACAGAGCCCGACAUGGGGCUCGAUCUCACAAACCGUGAGAUCAUGACCUGAGCCAAAAUCAAAAAUCAGAUACUCAACCGACUGAACCACCUAGGUGCCCCUGAACUGUUUGCUUUUAAUAUUUCUCUGGAGCAAAAAACAUGGUCCUGUUUGGGUUCAAAGAACAUCCUGGAGCUGUCUCAUAGAAUGGUGCCAAGAAGGCAGCAAAACCAAGCUUAGGGCAGGUUUAAACUGUCAGAAAUAGUCUAUGAGUAAUCUGUUUAGAUUUUGAGUGUUUGCCGUGUUCUUUCAGAAGUCACCAAUUCUUAAAAAUAAACCAGAAAAAAAGUAAGACUUUCUAAAUAUUAUGUUUCAGGUCCUUAUUCAGGUUAAGAGAUUUAUAAUAAACUUCCUCUAGGCAAUCUCAGAUUUGUUUCCAGGAUUUUGAGUAGUAUGUAUUGUAGCACAGGUGCAAGCGUUAGUCAUUCCAGGAAGAGGUCAGGGUUAGAGUUCCUGUCUUCAGAGUCCAUACCAGCUAGCUGCCUGAUAACUCCGUGAGGUUCCUGAGAAGACCAUCUGGGCACCUGUUCAGCUCAUUGCUAGCUGUAAUCUUCUGUAGGGAUUCUUAAAAAUCUUUUCACCAUUCUGAGGUGGCAUGUGAUAAAUGAUGUGAAGUAAUUAAGAUGAGUCCCUUUAGAUCAGUCUGUUGGUUUUUUUCUGAGAGGUCUUCCCUGGCCCUCUUUCAUGUAGCAUUCCAUCCACAUCACACACUAUCACAUCAUGCUCUUUCUUCUCCCUAGCACCUGUGACCGUCUGAAGUCCCCUUAUUUAUCUGUGACGUGACUCCCUGCCUUAACAGUGGACUCCAUGAGAGCCGCAGUCUCCUGUCACUUUCAUCUGUGUAUCCCCAGUGCCCAGACAAGAAAGAGCCUCAUGCAUAUACAUCCUCAAGAGAUAAUUUUUGGAUGAAUAAAUGAAUGUUAAUAUCUAAA